AAAACAACAAAAAAGUGUGGAACCCGUGGAACCUAAUAAUUUUGUGGAACCUUCAACUGAAAAAUUGGAACCCUUGCCUGUGGAACCCGAGGCAAAAAAAGUAGAACCCAAGAAUGUAGAACCCGUGGAACCCAAAGCAGAAGUAGAACCCUUAAAAAGUGUGGAACCCUGCUCCCAUUGUCCUGAAUUAGAAAGGCAGAUAAAAGAAUUAGAAAAACAAUUGGAUGCCGUGGCUACUCUGCCUGCUGCUUAUAUUGACG